GCGGCUUCGUCAGACGUCACGAGGGCCCUUGCGAGUGGCGCAUGAGCACCCGCAGCCUCCUCCGCCUGGCUUGUUUCAGUCUUCGCCGAAGCAAAGCUGGGAAGCAGAGCAAGAGGAGCCACCUCUGCGCUUAACGGUCUCCAAAUUAGUACCGUCGCCCGCUCGGCUGCCGUGAAAAUGUCGCUGUAUCCUUCUCUGGAAGACCUGAAGGUAGACAAAGUAAUUCAGGCUCAGACAUCCUUUGCUUCAAAUCCAGCUAACCUAGCAAUUCUAUCUGAAGCUUCAGCACCCAUCUUACAAGAUGGAAAUUUAUAUCCUAAACUGUAUCCUGAACUUUCCCAGUAUAUGGGUAUAAGUUUGAAUGAUGAGGAAAUUCAGAGAAACCUGACAAUGGUUCCUGCAAAUUCACAGGGGCUUGUUGCAAGACCUUCUGCAUCAGAUUACAUGGUAGCUCCAGUAACCGGAAAUAAUGUUGGAAUUCGUCGAGCAGAAAUUAAGCAGGGGAUCCGUGAACUGAUCUUGUGUAAAGAUCAGGAAGGAAAAAUUGGUCUUCGUCUUAAGUCAGUGGACAAUGGUGUCUUUGCUCAGCUGGUUCAGGCAAACUCCCCAGCCGCACUGGCUGGCCUGCGAUUUGGAGACCAGAUUCUACAAAUCAAUGGUGAAAAUUGUGCUGGAUGGAGUUCUGAUAAAGCUCAUAAAAUAUUAAAGCAAGUUUCUGGAGAGAGAAUUUCCAUGAUUAUUCGAGACAGGCCUUUUGAACGGACUAUUACCAUGCACAAGGACAGUACAGGACAUGUUGGCUUUAUCUUCAAAAAUGGAAAAAUAACUUCAAUAGUAAAGGAUAGUUCGGCUGCAAGAAAUGGACUUCUUACUGAACACAGCCUUUGUGAAAUAAAUGGACAGAAUGUAAUUGGUCUGAAGGAUUCUCAGAUUGCGGACAUAUUAUCAACAGCUGGAAAUGUAGUGACCAUUACUAUCAUGCCUUCCCAGAUCUUUGAACACAUAAUAAAAAGGAUGGCUUCAAGUAUUAUGAAAAGCUUGAUGGAUCAUACUAUUCCUGAAGUCUAAACAUUUUUUGGAUGCAUUUGUAAUUGAGACACUGAUAAACAUGGGCUACUAUGUCUUCGCAAUAUUUACAUUCUGUACAUGAGCCUUUCUUUGACAUGAGAUGCUGCAUUGAGCAUUUAUAUUACAUUAUGGCUGGGAAUGUCACAUUUCAACAAAAACCUUGCUCACAUUUUGAAUUUUAUAUUCAUCAUGCUACUUUGACAAAACAUGCUUCUUUCAUAGGGUUCUAAUGAAAGAAAACUUAAUGUUUGUCAAAGCAUCUAGUAUUUGCUUUCUUUGAUCCAGAUAUACUGCUGCUCUUUGUACUUUUUCAGAUUCAUUUUUUUACUGCAUCUACCAGUGAGAAUAUAACUUAGUGUUAAUUAACUGAUUUUAGUAAUCUUGUUUACAGAAAGCAUGCUGGUUAAACUGAGCAUAGCUUGUAUUUAUCAUUCCAUAACAAUUUUAAAAUAAUGUUUGUCUUCUUGCUGUGUUAUAAAAUUGUUCUAAUAUGCUUAUAUUGUGUUGCCUUAAUCCUCUUAAAACUGAAAUAAAGUUGCAAAUAUAUUCACUUCCUAAA